GAACUGUCAAAUCGAUUCAUUCAUUGAAUGAGCACAAAAAAUAUUUUUGGAACUGCAAAAGCUUGGUUUUAUAGAUAUUUCUUAGCUAAGGGCCUGUAAAAUGAGUGUAAAUAGUCGGAAGGGUCCUAUCGUGGACCCUGGCGUCUGUAGAUGCUGUGGUGCAGUCAAAAAGUGUCGUUUAUUAAACGUGGAAUACGAGUGGUCGGGAGAACGAGAAGUUUACGCGGAUAUGUUUGUCGACUGUUUUGGACUUGUGUUGUCCCACUUGGAGGGUGCGGAGUCGGAGCGGCUGAUCUGCGCGACGUGCGUGGUGCGGCUGCGCGACGCUCGCGCCUUCCGCCGACAGGUGCUGCACUGCGAGGAGAAACUACUCAACGCUGCUCUGCAUAUACAUGACUAUCACGAGAACGCCAUUAAAUUGGAAGUGGAAGUGAAACAAGAGGAAGACAGUGGACAUGUGAACGAGUCUGAUGAUGAUCAUAAUGAUGGAGUGGAUCCCAUGGAUGAAACCAUCGGCCAAGAUGAGGAGGGCAGUAAGGGAGCGGAAUUACAAUUAAAGUCUGAGGAAGCGAGAGUACAGCUGUCUCCGCUAGAGGGCGCGAGCGUCGACAAGGCGAAGACUGAAAUGCUUGACAAACUCAACAGUAUGAAGAAGAAAUUAGAUAAAAUGCAGAAUUGUGAUGAACCCCGCCGCAUCGAAUCCCCACCCUACAGACGACCAGUAACCGUCGACAAGGAUCUUCACAUAUUACGAAACGCCGCCAAAAUAGUCGAAAACUCAUACGUUUGUCCCUUCGUCACUGUUUUUAGUGACUACCACUGUAUUUAUUGCAAAGAAAUGUUCCUAGACCCUACUUUAUUACGACAACAUACCAUGACACAUGACCCAAAAACAUAUAAGGAUGUUAUCGACACAAAAAAACUAAUACAAGUCGAUAUCGAUAGAAUCGACUGCAGAUUAUGCGAUGAAAAAAUCGAUUCUAUCGAUAUUUUGAAACAGCACAUCACUACGGUUCAUGGAAUAAAGUUAUAUAAAGAUGUUAAUAAUGAAUUCAUACCGUUUAAAUUAAAAAUUGGUUCGUUAACCUGUGUUGAAUGUGGUAAGAAUUUGGCGUUUUUUCAUGCAUUAAAAAAACAUAUGGCGGAACAUUUUGGUACUUUUAUAUGUGACGUCUGUGGCGCACAUUAUUUCGAAGAAAGACAUUUAAUAUUUCAUAAAAAUUCCCACAAUAAAACUGCAGAUGUUCAAAUGUAUCCUUGUACGGAAUGCGAGAAAACUUUCCGCUCGAAAUACAGUCGAAAUUUUCACGUAUCGAGAAUCCACAAAAACGAGCCCGCUUACCCCUGUAACAAAUGCGAUGAAAUUUUCGUAUCGUACCACAUGAGGUACCGACACAAAAUGAACGUCCACGGCGAAAAACGACUGUUUCCUUGCGAGGGAUGCGACAGAGUAUUCGAUAGUCGAAAAACUUUGCGUCAACAUAAUCAACGAACACAUUUGCAAUUGUUACGUCAUGAAUGUAGUUUAUGUGAUAAGAAAUUUUACUUACCCUCCGCUUUGAGAGACCAUAUGACUUCCCAUACGGGAGAAAGGAAUUUCCGAUGUGAAUUUUGCGGGAAAAACUACCCCAGGGCUAAGGCGUUAAGGGUGCAUUUACAAUCUCAUAGUUCGGAGAAAAAAUAUAAAUGUACGCUUUGUCCUUCGGCUUAUACGCAGAUUACGAAUUUUAAAAAUCAUAUGAAAACUAAACAUCCGAUGCCUGAGGGUGGGGAAGCUUAUCGAUAAAAUGUUUUGGGGAUUGAAUUUUGCA